GUCACUGCUGCGCUGAUCGGGAGCGCGCACAUACUCGCACACGCGCCGCACCGCGGACCCAGAUCAUGACGCGCGCCCCGUGUUUCCUCGCUUUGAUUCGCGUUGACGCUCCGCGGCUCGCUUGAUCCGGAUCCGAUGGAGGGCGCCGCGGCCGGAGGAUGCGCGGCGGAGGACGCGGACGCGCUGAUGGAUGCUGCAGAUCUCGACGCUGCUUUUAAGAAGACCUACAUAACUGAGAUGCCGUCGUCCUCGUGUCACUCCAGCUCCGGCCCUGAGAAGAAGAUCGGUCACAGGCGGGUCGAUGCAUCCGGUGAAACCACCUACAAGAAGACGACUUCGUCUGCGCUGAGAGGAGCCAUUCAGCUGGGGAUCGGCUACACCGUGGGUAACCUGAGCUCCAAACCCGAGCGUGACGUCCUCAUGCAAGACUUCUACGUGGUGGAGAGCAUUUUCUUCCCCAGUGAAGGCAGUAAUCUGACUCCGGCGCAUCACUAUCCAGACUUCAGGUUUAAAACAUACGCUCCGGUGGCUUUCCGCUACUUCAGAGAGCUCUUCGGGAUUCGGCCGGACGGAUUUGUGUACUCUCUCUGUAACGAGCCCUUGAUCGAGCUCUCAAACCCCGGUGCCAGCGGCUCCAUUUUCUACGUCACUCGAGACGAUGAGUUCAUCCUGAAGACCGUCAUGCACAAAGAGGCAGAGUUCCUGCAGAAGCUGCUUCCAGGAUACUACAUGAACCUGAACCAGAAUCCCCGAACACUGCUGCCCAAGUUCUUCGGUUUGUACUGCGUUCAGUCCGGAGGGAAGAACAUCCGUAUCGUGGUGAUGAAUAACAUCCUGCCGCGCAUCGUUCGCAUGCACCUCAAGUUCGACCUGAAGGGCUCCACGUACAAGCGCCGCGCGUCCAAGAAAGAGCGUGAGAAGUCCAAGCCCACCUUUAAAGACCUGGACUUCAUGCAGGACGUUCAGGACGGUCUCCUGCUGGACGUGGACACGUAUAACGCGCUGCUGAAGACGCUCCAGAGAGACUGUCUGGUGCUGGAGAGUUUUAAGAUCAUGGACUACAGUCUGUUGCUGGGGGUUCAUAAUCUGGAUCAGGCGGAGCGCGAGCAGCAGACGGAGGGAUCUCAGAGCAGCAGCGAUGAGAAGAGACCGGCCGCGCAGCGAGCGCUUUACUCCACCGCCAUGGAGUCCAUUCAGGGAGGAGCGGCGUGCGGCGGCUCCAUAGACGCCGACGACACGAUGGGGGGCAUUCCUGCUCUCAACGGCAAAGGAGAGAGACUCCUGCUCUUCAUCGGCAUCAUAGACAUCCUGCAGUCCUACAGACUCAUCAAGAAGCUGGAACACACGUGGAAGGCUCUGGUGCAUGACGGGGACACCGUUUCUGUCCACCGACCGAACUUCUACGCUGACCGCUUCUUCAGGUUCAUGAGCAGCACUGUGUUCAAGAAAAGCUCCUCGCUGAAGGCUUCUCCUGUGAAGAAGGGCCGUGUGGUGCUGACCGUGCCCAAACUCAGCGGUCCCGGAGCGGCCUGGUCGGCCAGCCAGCUUCCCUCACAGAGAGACGAGAACAUCUAUGAUCUGAGAGGAGCGUGCAGCUUCCCCGUGCUGGAGAACCAUGGUCUGCAGUCCUGCACUCCUCCGUCGUUCGAGGAAGCGACCACGGCGUCUGUGGCCACAACUCUGUCCUCCAACAACUCCAUAUCAAUCCCAGAACGCUCUCCGUCAGACACCACAGAGCAGCCGCGCUACAGAAGACACACACUGUCUCUGAAAGACGCUGAGGGAAGGACACAUGAGUUGGUGGAUGUGCAUGAGGAAGAGCAGCAGACCAUCACUGUGCAGGUGGAGGUGAAGAGAGAGAGAGAAGAUGAGGAGGAGGAGGAGCCAGACGUCUGCCAGAAAUCACCACACUCGGUGACAGACGUUCCUCCUCCAGACACUGAUGACCUCGUUUCAGAAACAGCACCCGUUGCCCAGGAAACCGUCUCCCAUACAGCACUUCCUGGUGACACCCAGACGACACUUCCUGUUGAAACAGCUCCUCUGACAGAAAGCGGGGCCCUGGUGUCAGCUCCGGCCCCUGAAGCAGCUUCCAGCCCAAACACACAGCGUCUCUCAGAGUCUCUGGAGGAAGAGCUCGCCUCAAACACUGACAUCUACUUUUACGCUGAGGGCAGAUAUUGGGUUUACUCUCUGGUGCUCCAGCGGAGGAAGCUCAGCUCCUGCAGUGUCACUCCAGAGGACAGGAGUUGGGUUUAUUCGCCCCUGCAUUACGGCUCAGAGCCUCACAGUGAAAGCGACACAUACAGUAACCUGGAUGUUCAGUAGACGUCUCUCUGUGGCUCUGAAGAGGUUUUGCUGUUCUCCAGGAUGGAUUCUGCUCGUCUGAGCACGAGCGAGACGAACUGAAGAACCUUCCAG